CGGUGUGAUUGACAGGAGGCGGCUCCAGGCCCAGGCCGUGGACCCUCUGGCAGUUUCCAGCGGCAGGAGCUCGUUGCCUCGGCCUGAUCGGUUCGAGGAGGCCGCGGAUUCCGCACAGGGACGGGGGAGGUCGGACAAGCUGCUAAAAGGCCGUCGGGUGGUGGGACGGUCAUGAUGUCCGAUCACCGAGUGGAAACAGAGCGCAAGACCAGGUGAUGUACAAAGCACAGGAUCAUUGUGGAAGCUCUGCAGCCUCCCAGUUACGCCUGAGUUUGCAUCUUGAAAAACCUAUCUGUGUAUUCCAAAUGGUGCAAAGCCUUCAGUUAGGUUGUUAUCUAAGACGACAGCUCACUUGAGACUUACUGUGCAAAUAGAUAAUUCGAGACAUUUGAGACUAUUUCAUUGAAACAGAAACCACAUAGUUAAAAAGGGCCCAAGCAAUCCUCAUGCACAUUCACUGAAAAUAGAAACAAAGACGCAUAGCAUUUAAUAGAGAACUAGCUUAAAGGCAUAGACUUUGUUUUUUUCCUGCACUGCACAACAGUACCUCUCCUCCAAAGGGUAUAGCCCCCUGAGGCAUCGCAUGUCGCGAAUCAAGAGCACUUUAGACUCUGUGUCAAAAGCCGUCAGUAACACACACACUGAGCUCAUUGGAAAACUUGUACGAUUGAAACCAACUCUUAGUAUCUCGGAGAAAUUUUCAGAAACCCAGGUAGGGGUGCCACGUGAAAACUCAAGGAAAGGAACCACUUCCAAGCCUGGUCAAGUUGAGGACGCUUCAGAUCUGAACCGGUUAAUAGAGAAUUCCGUCCACUCAGUUUCCACAUCUUCUCUUAGCCUGGAACCUGAAGAUAAUUCAAAGGAACCAUCCAGUAACUGUGAUAAAGAGAAUGAUGGAAGAUCAAAUCUUUUCCACAUCAGCUAUAUUGCUACAAAUUUUGGAGAAACAUAUAACUUUUUGGCAAACCAUAUCAACAGUUAUUUUGGGAACGCAGGACAGGCAGAUAUAGAGAAGCAAGAUAAAUUUCCUUCGUGUGAUCCUGGGACUGGGACUGGGACAGAUCCCACAUGGACAGCAUCUUUUCAAUCAAAAGACGAUGGAACAGUCAAGCAAAAUAUUGAUCAUUUAAAUACAUGCAGUGCUCAUACCACUGUGCUUGGCGAAUCUCCUCCAACUCCAUCUACAAAAAAGAGUUUUGCUAAUUUACUUUCAUACCCAACAAACAGUGUCCAAGCAUUUGUGGAUACUUGCUUUGGCAGUUUUGUCCCCAAGCUGCGUGUUGAAAUGAAGGAGAAUUCUGAAGUCAAGAAUAAAAAGCAGAAAGAUGUAAGUGCAGGCAAAGAUGUGGAGCAAGCUAAUGAGAAAGAAACCAAGCCAAUGGAUGAUAAAGCCAAGCAUCUGAGUCUUCAGCGAGAAAAGAUCAUCGCUAAGUUCAGUGUAGACAACCGGACAAGAGCUUUGGUGCAAGCGUUACACAGAGCCUCGGAUGUCAGGGUGUAUAUUAAUCGAGUUGAAGAGCUGAAUUACCACCUCCUGGAAUUUCCAGAAACCCGGGCUGUGGCUGUCAAAGAGAAGAUAAUUCCUUGCUUGCUACGAUUGAGGCAAGCAAAUAAUGAAACUCUUCAGAACGCAGUCAGGGAGGCCCUGGCUUUGAUUGGAUAUACAGACCCGAUAAAAGGCCGUGGCAUUAGAGUUCUGACUAUUGACGGAGGAGGAACGAGGGGACUGGUUGCUCUUCAGACCCUUCGUAAACUUGAAGAACUGACAGGAAAACAAGUCUAUCAACUCUUUGACUACAUCUGUGGGGUUAGCACAGGUGCUAUACUGGCAUUCAUGUUGGGAUUUUUCCAAAUUGCACUGGAUGAUUGUGAGGAAAUGUACCGGAAACUAGGAACUGAUGUAUUCAAGCAGAAUGUGAUAGUUGGAACUAUGAAAAUGGGCUGGAGCCAUGCCUUUUAUGAAAGCGAGCCCUGGGAAAAAAUACUGAAAGAGAGAAUGGGUGAAGAACUUUUAAUUCAAACUGCAAGGAACCCUAAAAGUCCUAAGGUGGCAGCUGUAAGUACUAUUGUAAAUAAAGGGACACCACUGAAAGCAUUCGUCUUCAGAAACUACAAUCACCUUCCCAGUGUACGGUCACGCUAUAUGGGUGGCUGUAAAUAUAAGCUAUGGCAGGCAAUUCGAGCAUCCUCGGCAGCACCUGGCUAUUUCCAAGAAUAUGCGAUUGGCAAUGACCUUCAUCAGGACGGUGGGUUGCUUAUUAACAACCCUUGUGCAUUGGCUCUACAUGAGUGCAAACGUCUGUGGCCAAACACACCAUUUCAGUGUGUAAUCUCUCUAGGAACAGGCCGCUAUGAAGCACUGGGGAAAAAUAAUGUGACCUACACAAGCCUCAAAGCAAAACUGACUAAUGUUAUCAGCAGCGCCACAGAUACAGAAGAAGUUCACACCAUGCUUGACGCACUUCUGCCUCCUGACACGUACUUCAGGUUCAAUCCUUUCAUGAGUGAAGACAUAGUCUUGGAUGAAAACCGUAAGGAGAAGCUGAAUCAAUUGCAAAUGGAUGGAAGCCGGUACCUGGAACGCAAUGAACCGAAACUUAAAAGGGCUGCUCAGAUACUUGGUCAGGAGAAGGGCGUGCUUCAGAAAGUAUCUGAUUGGUGUAAAUUAAAGAUAGACAUGUAUGAUGGCCUCCCUCUUAUUUCCAAAUUGUAAAACGAAAGUGUCUAUUUCCAGAAUCUGGUCAGUCACUAUAUCAGUGUGAUUUCAUCAGUCUGAUUAAAUUGAUCUGUAACCGCUGCAAAAUUUGAAAAGCGAUACUAAAUUUGAGUUAAUACUUGAACCAUGUAAUUUUCUUUUUUUAAAGAAGUACCAAUGCUGCUUAUUUUACAGAUUUACUCAAGUUCCAAUGUCAUCAUGUUUGUAAAUUGCUGUUUCCUUUGUCUUCAGCUGAAAUCUGGCGAUGCUGAGUACAUUUCCAUGGACACAGCGUGUCUAUUUCGUACUGAGUUUUGGUUUGGAUUAUUUAUUUUGCCAGAAAUCAGAUAUCAUCUUUGUGCAAAAUAAGAUUUUUAUUGAUGUGAAAAUAUCAACAUGGUUUUAAACAUGAUCAUGCUCGUUGAAGAUGUAAUUAACUAACUUAAGCCCCCAAUCCCCAAAUAAAUUGCUUUUGCCAUACCAUCUAAUUUUCACUCAAACGCUUCAAGAUGUUUGUGAUGAGGACCGUUUGAAAGCUGUUCAGUCAUCUUAAUAAAGGCAUCUGAACAUGCUAUGUUUAUACAAUGAAUAAUGUCUGCUGUUUAAGUAUACUCUUUAUCCUAUUUCCUGAUAAACUGUAACAUGCUACUACAUUUCCAUUUUCUCUUGUAUAUCAAUAAACCUUGUGGUUUAACACUAA